AUCAAUAUUAUCUUAUUAGCUUUGCUUCCUGUGCUGAACUUCACUCCUGGCACAGGUCUGCAUUUGGCGUGGAACUACACCGGCCCUUCUAACACCCAUCCCCCGGGGAAGAUUUGACGGGGUAAUUAUGCUACCCAGGAUUAUUGCAGUCCUAAUUCUGGGGGCAAUUCUCCCCCUUCAGGUCUUUGGAGUAACCACUAUUCACGAAAAGGGGUAUUGCUCAACAUAUGAAGAAUGUGGUAGAAAUCCCGAUGUGACAGGCAGCUUGCUCGAACCAAUAGUCCCUUGUGAAUCAAACACUCCAGCUAGGAAAGUUAUUGGUACACACCUCGGCCUCCUCUUGGAUGUCUGCCCAAUGCUGUUUAAUGGAGAAAACAACACUUUUGCCUGCUGCUCAUUCAAUCAGUUAAGGAGCAUCCAGAAAAGUUUUGCUCUUUCAAAGUCCAUCUUGAGCCGAUGUCCAUCCUGUGAAGAUAACUUUGCUAAUGUCCACUGCCAGAACAUAUGUAGCCCAGAUCAGAGCACCUUCAUCAGUGUCAGCCGCACAUUUAGCACCAAUGUGACUGGGAAGCCAGAACAGGGUGUGCUAGAGUAUCAAUGUUACUAUGACAAGCAGUUUGCAGAUGAGACCUUUUACUCCUGCAAAAAUGUACGUCUGCCUGCCACUGGAGGAUAUGCUAUUUCAACCAUGUGUGGCAGAUUUGGGGCUGAACUAUGCACCAGUCAGCGUUGGCUGGACUUCCAGGGAGACGUCUCCAAUGGAUUAGCUCCACUGUUAAUUAACUUUCACCUGAUAGAUAAUGGCACAGAGAUUGGAAAUGGUAUAGUUCCACACAACAGUAAGAUUUGGAAAUGUAAUGAGGGCUCAGAUGUCAAUGGAACAAAUGCUUGCUCCUGUCAGGACUGCAAGGAGUCAUGUCCCAAAACGUCUCCUCCAGAACCCAUUCCUGAUCCCUUCAAACUAGGUGUUCUGGAUGGGUAUUUUGUAGUGUGUUUGGUGGCUUUUGUAACAUCACUUGUCCUCUUUUUUGUGUUCUUGUGCUUUAGAUGUUGUUUUAAUAAGGGCUGCAAGAAAAACAAAAAGGACAAGGAAAUGCCUCAUGUGACGCAAGCGAGUGUUUGGUGCACUGAAAAGCUGAGUUUGAAAACCAACAGAGCAAUGGAAAAGGCAUUCCGCUGGUGGGGUACUGGUGUAGCAUCAUAUCCCAAGACAGUUAUUGGGAUCUCAGUUAUUCUGGUGAUAGUACUCUCAUGUGGCAUGAUCCUAUUAAAGCUAACUACAGAUCCCGUAGAGUUGUGGUCAGCACCCUACAGCAGUGCUAGAGAAGAAAAAGAUUUUCAUGAUGCCAAUUUUGGGCCAUUCUUCAGAACCAACCAGCUAAUCAUCACAGUGCCAGACCGCCCAUCCUACACCUACAACUCUCUGUUCUUUGGAGAAACAAACUUCAGUGGCAUCCUCUCCCCUGACCUCAUUCUAGAGAUGCUGGAUCUACAGACCCGUCUACAGAAUAUCACGGUAUGGUCAGAGAAGCACCAGAAAAUGGUUAGCAUUGAAGAUAUCUGCUAUGCACCACUGAAUCCUUCAAACCCCUCAGCCACGGACUGCUGUGUGAAUAGUUUGGUGCAAUAUUUCCAGAAUAAUCGCACCAGGUUUACAAUGGAGGUGACACAGACCGUGUCUGGAGAAACAGGGACAGUAGGAUGGCGGGACCACUUUCUGUACUGUAUGAACUCUCCCUUGUCAUUUAAGGACAUAACAGACCUACAGCUCAGCUGCAUGGCAGAUUACGGUGCUCCCGUUUUUCCGUUUCUUGCAGUAGGAGGACAUGAUGAUAACAAAUACGCUACAUCAGAAGCUCUUAUUCUCACCAUCUCGUUGAAUAACUUUGCCCGUAACGAUCCCCGGUUUGACUAUGUGUUGCUUUGGGAGAGGAAAUUUCUGGAUAUCCUGCAGGAGUACCUGGAAGAUCCACGGAGUAACUUGACCUUCUCAUACAUGGCUGAGCGCUCUUUGGAGGAUGAAAUCAACCGGACAACCACAGAAGACAUUCCAAUCUUUACCAUAAGUUACCUGGUGAUCUUCCUCUACAUUGCUCUAGCCCUCGGUGAAUACAGUAGCUUCCGUCGUGUUCUGGUGGAUUCAAAGAUAACUCUCGGAAUUGGUGGCAUUCUGGUUGUCCUGUUUGCAGUUUUGUCAUCAAUGGGUUUCUUCUGUUACCUGGGGAUCCCAUCGACACUUAUCAUCAUUGAGGUUGUCCCUUUCCUUGUCUUGGCGGUGGGCGCAGACAACAUCUUCAUAUUUGUGCUGGAACUGCAGAGAGAUGAGCGGAAGGAUGGAGAACGAAGAGAGGAGCAAAUUGGAAGAGUCUUGGGCAGCGUGGCCCCCAGCAUGUUACUCUGCAGCAUCUCAGAGUCCCUAUGCUUUUUCUUGGGUGCCCUCACCAAUAUGCCCGCUGUCCGUACAUUUGCCCUGAAUGCUGCACUGGCUAUCCUGCUGGAUUUUGUGCUUCAGAUCACUAUGUUUGUGGCUCUUGUUUCUCUGGAUACCAAAAGACGGGAGGAGUCUAGGUUUGACAUCUGUUGCUGUGCUAAGAGCUCAACUGAGAAUCCAAAGAAGAAAUCCAAGAGUUUGCUAAUCAGCUUCAUGAAACAUAUUUACUGCCCAAUACUGCUGAACCCUGUCAGCAGGGUCCUAGUGAUGAUUUUGUUUUCAUUCAUGUUCUUCUGUGGAUUAUUCUUUAUGUUUCAUUGUAAAGUUGGUCUGAAUCAGGAGCUUUCGGUACCACUGGAUUCCUAUGUCUUCGAUUAUUUAAAUGCUUUGAACAAAUACUUUGAAGUUGGUGUGCCCACGUACUUUGUCACUACACCUGGAUUUAACUUCUCUAGUAUAGAAGGAAUGAAUGCAAUCUGCUCCAGUGUCGGCUGUGAUGACCACUCCAUGACCCAACAGAUUCAAUAUGCCACAGAUUACCCUGAUCGGUCUUACUUGUCUGUUCCAGCAUCCUCCUGGGUGGAUGACUUUAUAGACUGGCUAAAUCCUGCAUCUAGCUGCUGCAGGCUACUUCUAAAUGGAACAUUCUGCUCAUCCACUAGCACAACUCCAGGAUGUCUGAGAAAGUGUCUCCAAAAUCCCAAUGGACCGCUUAGACCAACUGUACAACAAUUUGAACACUACCUGCCAAUAUUUCUGGGUGAUUACCCAAAUCUGCAAUGUCCCAAGGGGGGUCUGGGUGCAUAUGAUGGUGCUGUAAAAUUCAACGAAGAUGGAGAGAUUAUAGCAACACGAUUCAUGGCAUAUCACAGCCCACUCAAGAACUCUCAGGAGUACACAGCAGCCUUAAAAAAUGCCCGUGAACUUGCUGCCAGCAUCACAAAUACUCUGAGACAGGUGCCUGGCACUGACCCUAAUUUCAAGGUCUUUCCUUACACGAUCACGUAUGUGUUUUAUGAGCAGUACCUGUCCAUCGUAGAAGAAGGGCUGAUCAUGCUGGCAAUCUGCCUGGUGCCAACUUUUACUGUGUGCUGCAUCCUGCUGGGUAUGGACCUGCGAUCUGGGCUGAUUAACCUCAUCACCAUCAUUAUGAUCGUUGUGGACACAGCUGGUGUUAUGACUCUAUGGAGCAUUGACUUUAAUGCAAUAUCCCUCAUCAAUCUCGUAACGGCCAUUGGAAUUUCUGUGGAGUUUGUGUCCCAUCUCACCCGUUCUUUCGCCUUCAGUCUUAAACCUACCAAAGUGGCUCGGGCAAAGGAAGCAACAAUAUAUAUGGGGAGUGCGGUUUUUGCAGGAGUGGCAAUGACCAAUCUCCCCGGGAUAAUUGUUCUGGCAUUUGCAAAAGCUCAACUCAUCCAGAUCUUUUUCUUUCGCAUGAAUCUAACCAUUACUUUGCUCGGGCUGGUACACGGACUCAUCUUUUUGCCUGUCGUGCUCACCUACUUUGGUCCUGGUAUUAAUAAAGCUUUGUUACUGGAAAAACAAGAGGAGGAAGAAAGGAAGAAGAGGGUGGAGAAGAAUACACACAACAAUGUUGACUUUCAAGAGGACGAGAAUCCAGUCAAGACCAAAUAGAAAAUAAGCAAGUAGCAGAAGAAACACUCCGAGCUUUAACAGAGUGCUUCCACCUCAAGCAGCAAAGGCUGAGAUUGCCUCACGGACACGUACCAGAUAGCCUUCACUGUGCUUUACAAUCAGCAUUCAACACUACGGUACAGGAAGUGUUAUAAUAAGACCUACCAGUGUGCAAUAACUGAACUUUUACUAAUUAGAGGGGCUCUCAUGAGAUCACCCUGAUGAUUUUUAUACAAUAGAGUAUGUAAAAAAUGGACUCUGAACUGAGUGUUGGGCCAAUUAAGGUCUUUUUGUUCAUAUUAUACAAGAAAAAUAUUGUACAAUAAAAUACUAUUUUUUGCA